CUCUCUCUCUAAUUCUUGAAUGUUCUCUUUCAGCCAUUGGAAGAAGUAGAAGAAAUUAAAAAGGGAUUAUGUCAUUUAAGUCUUGUGUACUUUGAGAGAAGAGGCUGAAGUAUAUUUGUUGGAGAAGUUCAUCAUUUCCUGUAAUGGUAAUAACUACCAAGCCCCAGACACUUAGGAUGUAUGACUCUCAGCUUUUGAAAUCCAAAUCCAGUUCAUUAUGGGGCACAGGAACCAAGUCAGAGGGUAUAGAAACUUCCCAAGAGUCUACAAGUGGACAAUCUUUUUCAUAUAGAUUCCAACUUGAAGAGGAUGUAAGAAGAUUGCAACUUCAACUCCAAGAAGAAGUGGAGUUGCAUACUUUCUUAGAGAGCCUCUUGGAGAAGGAUCCUUGGGAGAUAUCUUCUUCUUGUAGUGUUCCACAUCCUGCUCAAGAACUUAUUUCCAAUAUAGCCACGCUAGAGACUGCAGUCACCAAGCUCGAGCAAGAAAUGAUGUCACUGAAUUUCCAAAUUAGCCAAGAACGUAACGAGAGAAGACUAGCUGAAUAUCAUUUGACACAUAUGGCUUCUCCACCAGAUUCCUCUUCUUCCUUGAUAUAUUUGGAUUCUGAAUCACAUCAAUCAGGAGAAGACAGUCCACGUCAAGACCAACCAGUCCAAAACCAAGAAUCUUCUUCUGAAUCAUCUCCCACAGAAUCAACCGUUGAGGUAUUGGACCCAAGUAAUCAACAUCUUGAGAAGAAGCAAAUGAGAAAGACAAAUGCAAGGAAGCUACCUAGAGGAAUGCCACCUAAGUUCAUGUGGGAUCACCCUAAUCUAUUAUCUGAAGAAAUGGUGAGAUGUAUGAAGAACAUCUUCAUGUCGCUUGCUGAUCCGACAGCAACUUCAAAAGCAUCCUCAAACGAGAGCCAGCUCUCACCGGUGUCAGUAUCACCACGUGGGCAUCUAUCAAGCUCAUCAUCCUGGUGGCCAUCAACAGAACGGUCAAUGAUCUCUUCAUGGGUGCAAAGCCCCCAAAUAGAUAUCCAAAACAACACUGAUGUCUUGGCCACAGGAAACGUCUUUGACCCUUAUAGAGUUCGUGGGAAGCUGAGCUGGGCAGAGAUUGGGAGCUACAGUUUGGCGUCUGAGGUUUCUUGGAUGUCUGUUGGGAAGAAACAGUUGGAAUAUGCUUCCGGGGCACUGAGGAAGUUUAGGACACUGGUGGAGCAACUUGCUAGAGUGAACCCAAUUCAUUUGAGCUGCAAUGAGAGGCUAGCUUUCUGGAUUAACCUUUACAACGCGUUGAUCAUGCAUGCGUAUUUGGCUUAUGGUGUCCCUAAAAGCGACUUGAAGCUCUUCUCCUUGAUGCAAAAGGCUGCUUAUACGGUUGGAGGGAACUCAUACACUGCAGCGGCAAUGGAGUAUGUGAUACUGAAGAUGAAACCUCCUACUCACAGACCACAAAUUGCACUGCUUCUUGCUAUUCACAAGCUGAAAGUAUCAGAAGAACAACGCAAGGCAAGCAUUGAUACUCAUGAACCUCUUCUCGCCUUUGCCUUAAGCUGUGGAAUGUACUCUUCCCCUGCGGUGAGGAUCUACACAGCGAAAGGAGUGAAAGAAGAGCUACUAGAAGCUCAAAGGGAUUUCAUACAAGCAUCAGUAGGGCUGAGCAGCAAAGGGAAGCUCUUGGUACCCAAAAUGGUUCAUUGCUACGCCAAGAGUUUGGUGGAGGAUUCGAACUUGGGGGUGUGGAUAGCGAAGUACCUCCCUCCACAUCAAGCAGCCUUUGUGGAACAGUGCAUCUCUCAGAGAAGACAAAGCCUUCUCCCCUCACGUAACUGUGGAAUACUCCCCUUUGAUUCUCGUUUCAGAUAUCUGUUCCUCCCCGACCACAACAACAACUCCUCUAAGUAAUAAGCUCUUAAAAGCUCUGUUGUGUCUGUAAAAAGCCUGUCUGACUUCAUAAGAACCAAGAGACAUAGAAAGCUGUGUUCAUCAUCAUGAUCAUUAUUAUUCCCAAUUUAGCUUUGGGGCUUAUCAGUGUACAUUUUAAAAAUAAAAUAUAUGUGAAAAGAAUGUUGUUGCAAAUCUUACAAAUAAAUUUAUUA